AAAAGGCGCAGGCGGCGGCGGUAGCGGCGGCGCGGCAGAGCGAAGUGAAGCCGAGAAGUCCUGCGCUGCGCUGGCCGCCUGAGACGGGCCUUCUCGAACCGGUCUGCCUCCUUUUUCCAUUGCGGAUGUUGGAACUUUGCUGCAUUCUAAGCUCUGCAGAAGUCUGAAAGCCCUCUCCCUUACAGCCGGAGAUAAUUGAGAGAGAGAGAAAGGGUGUCCAGAUUUUCUUUGAAACAUUUAAAACAUUUUAAAAAUAAAACCUCGCCCCCUCCCAGUUGGAAAGCUUCGUUGUUUCCCCAUGUUUGCUUCCUGUCUUCUUCGACUAUUUCUUUAUCCAUUUGGGGCCUUUUCUGAGAUCCUUAUGAGACUACUCGGGUCCAGAUCUUACGUAAAAUGGAUGUGUCUCACACUAGAUGAUGGAUAUUAAGUAGAAAAUCUAUUUAGUAAAAUCUAAGCUGCCAUGGAAGAAAUACCAGUUAAAGUUGCUAUAAGAAUUAGACCUCUGCUAUACAAGGAAAUUCUUCAUAAUCAUCAAGCUUGUGUGAGAGUUAUUCCGAACACCCAACAGAUUAUCAUUGGGAGAGAUAGAAUCUAUACUUUUGAUUUUGUUUUUGGCAAAAAUUCCACUCAAGAUGAAGUUUAUAAUACCUGUAUAAAGCCAUUAGUGUUGUCUCUCAUUGAGGGCUAUAAUGCAACCGUUUUUGCCUAUGGACAGACUGGAUCUGGGAAGACAUAUACCAUCGGAGGAGGCCAUGUUGCUUCAGUUGUGGAGGGUCAAAAAGGUAUCAUUCCUCGUGCUAUCCAAGAAAUAUUUCAAAACAUCUCUGAAAAGCCUAACAUUGACUAUAAUAUAAAAGUGUCUUAUAUAGAAGUAUACAAGGAAGACCUAAGAGAUCUUCUAGAAUUGGAGACAUCAGUAAAAGAUCUUCACAUCCGAGAAGAUGAAAAGGGAAACACAGUGAUUGUUGGGGCCAAGGAAUGCCAGGUGGAGAAUGCAGAUGAAGUGAUGAGUCUCCUGGAGAUGGGAAAUGCAGCCAGGCAUACAGGUACGACCCAAAUGAACGAACACUCCAGUAGAUCACACGCGAUUUUCACCAUCAGCCUUUGUCAAGUGGACAAAAAUAGAAAGGCAGCUGAAGAUGGAUCUUGGCAUUCCUACCGGCAUAUUGUCUCAAAGUUCCACUUUGUGGAUUUGGCUGGAUCAGAAAGAGUAACCAAAACGGGGAAUACCGGCGAACGUUUCAAAGAAUCCAUUCAGAUCAACAGUGGGUUGCUGGCUUUAGGAAAUGUAAUAAGCGCCCUUGGGGAUGCACGCAAGAAGAGUUCACAUAUUCCAUACAGGGAUGCUAAAAUUACCCGGCUUCUGAAAGACUCCCUUGGAGGCAGUGCCAAGACCGUCAUGAUCACUUGUGUCAGCCCAUCGUCCUCGGAUUUUGAUGAGUCCUUAAAUUCUCUCAAAUAUGCCAACAGAGCACGCAACAUUAGGAACAAACCCACCUUAAACUUCAGCCCCGAGUCAGACCGUAUGGAUGAAAUGGAAUUUGAGAUUAAGUUGCUUCGAGAAGCUUUGCAAAGCCAGCAGGCUAGUAGCAGCCAAACUAGCCAGGUCCAUCAGGAGGGGACUCCUGAUAAAAAUAAGAUCCAUGCUCUUGAGGAGCGAGUCACUCAGCUACACGGAGAAUGUCUGGGUUACCAAAGCUGUUUAGAGGAAGCCUUUACCUUCCUGAUGGGUUUAAAAGAUUCUGUGAGGCUAAACGAAAAGCAGCGACACAAACUGCAGGAGUGGUUUAACAUGACCCAGGAGGUCACCUUUUUCAGAGGACACCGGGGCAUUGGAAACCUGGAAGAAGGACCACAGCAUAUUACAGUUCUCCAGCUGAAGCGAGAGCUUAAGAAGUGCCAGUGUGCGCUUGCUGCUGAUGAAAUCGUAUUUAAUCAGAAGGACUUGGAAGUGAAGGAGCUAAAGAGUCAAGUGCAAAUGAUGGUGCAGGAAAACAAAGGACAUGUUGUUUCUUUGAAAGAAGCACAAAAAGUGAAUAGAUUGCAGAAUGAAAAAAUAAUAGAACAACAACUUCUUGUGGAUCAACUGAGUGAAGAACUAACAAAACUUAACCUGUCAAUGACUUCUUCAGUAAAGGAAACUUGUGGAGAUGGGCCAGAUACCAGGACACUUGAAAAGAGACCAUACACUGUACCAUUUGAUACUCGUUUGGGGCAUUAUAUUUAUAUUCCAGCAAGAUUGGAUUCCAGGAAGUUGGGUGGGGGAAUCCCUUGUAAGGUCCACACAAGUCCUUCUGUAUACUCUCUGGAUCGACUAGUUGCGGGAUUUCGAACACGAAGUCAGAUGCUGCUGGGUCGUUUAGAAGAACAGGAUGAAGUCCUCCAGUGCCAAUUUUCUGAUAACAGUGAUGAUGAAGAGUCAGAAGGCCAAGAGAAAUCAGAAAUUAGACGUAGAAGUUGCUCAUGGAUUCAGAAGCCAGGCUCUGUUUGUUCACUUGUUGAAUUGAAUGAUGUUCAGGAUCAAACACAGAAGUCAGGAUUGGAGAAUGAAGAUUUAAAGAUUGAAUGUCUCCAGGAGAGUCAAGAGUUGAAUUUGCAAAAAUUAAGAAAUUCAGAACUCAUAUUUACUGAAUCUAAACAAAAAAUGAGAGAACUUACUAUUAACAUCAAGAUGAAGGAAGAUCUGAUUAAAGAAUUAAUUAAAACAGGUAAUGAUGCCAAGUCCGUAAGCAAGCAGUAUUCUCUGAAAGUAACAAAACUUGAACAUGAAGCAGAACAAGCAAAAGUGGAAUUAACUGAAACACAAAAGCAGCUACAGGAACUGGAAAACAAAGAUCUUUCUGAUAUUGCUUUGAAGGUAAAAUUACAGAAGGAGUUCCGUAGAAAGAUGGAUGCCGCUAAGCUAAGAGUCCAGGUCUUACAGAAGAAGCAUCAAAAUAGUAAGAAAUUGGCAUCACUGUCAAUCCAAAAUGAGAAACGUGCUAAUGAACUAGAGCAGAAUGUAGAUCACAUGAAAUAUCAAAAGGUACAGCUGCAAAAAAGACUUCGAGAAGAAAACGAAAAAAGGAAGCAACUGGAUGCAGAAAUUAAGCGGGAUCAACAAAAAAUCAAAGAACUACAGUUAAAAACAGAACAGAAAGAUCUAAAACUGAAAGCUGAGGACCUUGAUGCAUUUAAGAUGAAAAGGAGAAAAGGUUCGUUUGGAAGUAUAGACCAACUCCAGAAAUUGGAUAAGCAAAAGAAAUGGUUAGAUGAAGAAGUAGAGAAAGUUCUGAACCAACGCCAAGAAUUAGAGGAGCUGGAAGAAGACUUAAAGAAACGGGAGGCCAUAGUUUCAAAGAAGGAGGCCCUGUUACAGGAGAAGAGCCAGCUGGAAAGUAAGAAGUUUCGAUCUAGUCAGGCUUUGAACACAGACAGUUUAAAAAUAUCAACUCGCCUGAGCUUGUUGGACCAAGAGUUGUCUGAAAAGAAUGUGCAGCUCCAGAGCAGCACAGCUGAGGAGAAAAUAAAGAUUUCAGAACAAGUACAAGCCCUCCAGAGAGAAAAGGAUGAGCUGCAGAGACAAAGAAACAGCGUGGAUGAGAAACUUAAAAAUGGUAGUGUGUUGUCACCUGAAGAAGAACAUGUUCUUUUCCAACUUGAAGAAGGGAUUGAAGCUUUGGAAGCCGCAAUUGAAUACAAGAACGAAAGUAUCCAGAGUCGCCAGAACUUGCUCAGAGCUUCAUUUCAAAACCUCUCUCAUAGUGAAGCAAAUGUCUUAGAAAAACUAAUUUGCCUGAGUCCUGUUGAGAUUAGAGCUGUUCUUUUCAGAUAUUUCAAUAAGGUGGUUAAUUUGCGAGAAGUUGAACGGAAACUAAAGUUACAGAAUGAAGAAAUUAAAAUGAAAGUUCUGGAACGGGAUAAUGUGGUUCGUGAGUUGGAAUCUGCACUGGAACAUCUGAAAUUUCAGUGUGACCGGAGACUGAUCCUCCAGCAAAAGGAACAUGAGCAAAAAAUGCAGCUGCUGUUACAUCAUUUCAAAGAGCGAGAUGAGGAAGGCAUUGCGGAAACUUUAAAAAAUUAUGAAGAUAAAAUCCAGCAGCUGGAGAGAGAUCUUUAUUUCUAUAAGAAAACCAGCAGAGAUCUGAAGAAGAAACUCAAGGAACUGGUAGGGGAAGCAAUUCGGCGGCAACUAGUACCAUCAGAAAAUCAUGAUGUUGGAGAUGGAGUUCAGAACCCAGAAAAAGCUGGCAUGGUUUCAGAAGAAUUAAAAUGGGCAUCCAGAACUGAAAGUAUGAAAUUAAGUGGAAGGGAAAGACAAUUAGACAGUUCCACAAGCAGUUUAAGAACACAACCAAAUCCUCAGAAGCUCUGGGAAGAUGGCCCAGAAUUACCUCCAAUGUAUAACUCUGUAGCACCCACUAGUGGGCAUUUGUUAAGCAAUGAGGACAAAACCGAAAUAGAUGAAAAUCAGUUUACAAAAUCUAACAGUCGACCAUCAUCCCAAAUUCAGCCAGUCAGAAAUGUGGGACAGCUGCAUGGUGUCACACCUGUCAAGUUGUGUCGCAAAGAGUUACGCCAAAUUUCUGCCUUGGAACUAUCAUUACGACGUUCCAAUCUUGGAGUUGGGGUUGGAUCUAUGACUGCUGAUUCGCUUGAAGUAGCUAGGAAAGCAAGUGACUUAAAAAUUUAGGCAUUUAAUAAGAAAAACUUUAAUUUAGCAGAUGUGUAAGAUUCCUUUUUCUAACCUGUUAAAAAUUUAAGUUCACUAGCUCUUCCCUCAGGAUAAAGAAGAAGGGGAGGAAGCAAUCCUUUUGUAUACUGUGAAUGUGUGUUUUCUUCCAAGAUUUUUUGCUCUAAAUAUUAUAUAAUAUAAACUUCAGUUUGGAAUUAAGAACUAAAUACUGAUUUGCCCAACAAAUACAGUUUGUACAUUUUCAUAUUUUUCAAUCACAGAAAAUAUCCCAUUUUACUAUUUUGUUACUUGUUAUUUUUGUUACUUUUCCAACCUUUCACUUGUAAAAUAAAGUUUUUUCUUAAACUAA